AUGCUGACUGCCACCAAGCCAGCAUCUAGCACUGCUGCUACGAAUCCGGAAUCAACUGCUGGAGACACUCUGUCCAGACAAAAAAAGAGUCAUCCGCCCGGUCGUUUUGUGAGUUCCAAGUUUAUGCAGCCAAAGAGUCAAUCACAUAGUGCUGCUAUAUCUCGAGCUGAACAUCGAUCCUCUGACACUACUCUAGUAACCUUCAAUAAAUCUUCAAUCCCUGCUGCACAAAACCAUCACAGACUUUCAAAUGGUUCGUCACUUUCAUCAUCUGGCAGGACUUCCAGAUUAUUGGUUGGUUCAUCUAUGCAUGCAUCCACUAUCAAAACAUCAUCCAAUCCCAUCAAUCAAGAUCCACUUGACUCUGUUCAUCCAAGUCCAACUUCAGACCCUUUUUUAUCCACACUCCAGCCUCCAUCAGUAGCUAAAAAAGAGUUGUCCAAGCCAGUCCAACAAUCUCCACUGGUGAAUCACGAUGAUGAACAAAUGAUUCUCAAUGCUCGAAUGCUUCAAAUCCAACUUGUGCGUGUCCGAACAGAAAAGGCUUUUGCAGCUCAAACCAUCUCUGCACAUACACAAUUAAAAAAAGCUGCUGCGUAUAUCAUGCAGCUACAAACACAAAUCGAUACACUGCAGCAGCAAAGUGCCUUGCGCGAUCGUCUUGUUCAAAGUGUCGAUAUUUUACGUAAACAGCAAGCAGACAUGCUGAUGGUCAAAACACAACUUGGACCAUUUAUUGAAAAUUAUAAAACACUAUUGAAUGCAAUAGAAACCACGUCUAAAGUCGUGCGUUUGAAUGGAAUAUCUACGCCAGAUCAAGAUUCAUUGAUUCAUGUCAUGGACAGAGCUUCAAAACAAGCAUCAAACAUGUUUUCAAGCCACUUGGAUCCCAAGCAGCUGGCCAAUGUCAUGGAGAUUUCAAAAGCUGAUCAUGAUGAGAUAGAAAGUAUUGCCAAAUCAAUCAAAGAAAGUGUUGCUUUAUGCAAUCAAGAAGCUGAUAUAGCCAUGAUCCAUCUCAGCAAAAAAAUCCAUCAAAUUGAAUUGGCCUGUAAUAUUCCCAAUGCAUUUCAAUAA